AUGACUGUUUUUAGCAGUAAUACUAGAAAAAUUGCAACUCAAACUGUACAAAGUUAUCGCAGUUUGAUUAAACCUUAUAUCAUCACAACAAUCGCAAUUGGCACAAGUGUAACAACCGGUGAUCUUAUAUGUCAAUAUUUAGAAAGCCAUAAGAAGGGUCCAGAUGGUAAGACUAUUGUACGACCGUCAUCUUCUAUGAUCUCAUGGUGGGAUCGUGAACGAUCUCGAAUUAUGUGUACGGCAGCUGUCUUUGUAUCAACACCAUGGUCUUUCAUACUCUCUAGAACAGUUGAGAGAUUGUUUCCAGGUAAACAAAAUAUUCAAAUUGUAAAGAAAAUAUUGACUAAUACAUUACUCUCACCUCUUAAUAUAAGUCUCGUCUUCACAACGAUUAUUCUUCUUCAAGGUCACACUCUUCGUGUCGCUAGAACAAAAAUUAAAAAUGAUAUGCCAAAAACGUUUCUCGUUGGAUCAUGUUAUUGGCCAUUCGUUUCAUUUAUUAAUUUUCGCUUUAUACCAUUGAAUUAUCGACCAAUGGCUGGAAGCGCAGCUGGAGCUUUAUGGAAUAUUUAUAUCUCAUCAACUAGUAAUAAUCCAAAAUUAAAUCCAGAUGGUACGAUACAAUCCACAGCAGGAACAGCAACAACUUUACUAGCUGAAACAAGUGGAACGGGUGUGCCAGCAUUACAUGAAGCAUGGAAAACAUUAAAUAAAGACAAAAAAGAUGGGUAG